AUGGAUUCAUCGGUUCAAGCAACAUUACGACAGGCUUUAGAGAAAGGAGAUCCUGAAGCAAAAGAACUUCUCAUGCACAGAUUUCUUCCUCACCACAAAGGGGUAAUAUUCUUCUCCGUGUUCACAUUCGUCUUCGGUCUUAUAUCCAUUCUCAUUGGCUCUUGUUCGCCAUGUUUCCCACCAAAUGCUCUUCUUUAUGUCGUCGGAGUUUUCAUGACAGGAGCAUGUUCAUUGUUGGGUGAUGUCAUUUACAUUUUUGCAUUCAAUCAGAAACCCAUUUUUGUGAAAGAACAAGAAACCCAUCAUGAAGCGACUCUUUUGAGGAGAGAACGAGGAUCAAUAGGUCCAAUAUAUAAACGCCUCGGAAUCGCCACAUACAUCCAUAUGUUUGGAUCGAUGCUUCUAGUUGCUGCAUUCGUUUUUUCAAUUUUCUGUGCAUACUUUUUAAUCACUUCCAAACAUGCCCACGACGUCUGUUGUACCAGCCGAAAGGAGUAUCGAGAGCAGAACAAAUGGCGUAACAGUGGACUGAUUCUGAAGACAGGAAGAGUAAACCAUCAAUCGCACCGACCGUUCGUAGUCAUUGAUGAUGACAGUAGUAUUUGA